AGUGGGGAUGGGGCGGUUGGUGUGACGUCAUACGGCUGCGGCCGGCUGCGGUCGCCUGCGUCUCCUGCGGUCGAAACGAUCCGACCGCAGCGGCCGCAGGAACCAUUUGUCAUGCAAAGUGGCGCGGCAGUUGCGCAUUCGUGUAACUUGGGCGGAAAAUUGACACGGCCGCCUCAGACGAACGCGUGAUGACGUCCGCACAAGUGGGCGGGACUUAUAGCCUGCGAUCUACCGCAGCUACCGCAGUUACCGCAGGUGUCCGUGAACAGCACUCCGAUUCGGCGCUGCGGUAUCUGAAUGACACGUGCUGACACUGACACGUGGGGUAUGCCAAAGGAAGGAGAGAGUAGGUAUUAUGAGUAAGCCAAAGUUUGCCAACCAUGCCUUGAAUUUCAAGGUGGUAGCAGAAUGCUCAAAAAGCAAGGCUCGUGUGAGCACCAUGGAGCUGCCGCACCACACUGUGAACACUCCUGUGUUCAUGCCGGUUGGCACUCAGGGGACUCUGAAGGGUCUGCUUCCGGAGCAGCUGUCCGACCAGGAUUGUCAGAUCAUGCUGGGAAACACUUACCACCUGGGCACGCGGCCGGGCGCCGGCGUGCUGCGCCGGCUCGGCGGACUGCACCGCUUCAUGGGCUGGCGGCGCGCGCUGCUCACCGACUCGGGCGGCUUCCAGAUGGUAUCGCUGCUCGAGCUGGCCGAGAUCACCGAGCAGGGCGUCCGCUUCCGCUCACCAUACGACGGCUCUGAAUGUAUGCUGACGCCGGAGCACUCGAUGGAGAUCCAGAACGCCAUCGGCGCCGACAUUAUGAUGCAGCUGGACGACGUUGUGCACUCGACUACGGACGGCCCGCGCGUCCGGGAAGCCAUGCUCAGGUGAG